AUGAGAUCGAGGCUACGUGAGGAUGAGGAAGAUGAUGAAGAAGAUGAUGCACAAAGGCGAAGAAAUACAACACAAGUUAUGGCGGAAGCAGCUGGCUGGUUAGCUACUAACCCACUCCAACAACAACCUCAAUGGGGUGGCUCUGUUCGAGGUCGUGCUACCUGUCACCGAUCACAUGAGGUAGCUAAUGAAAAAUUAUUAAAUGAUUACUUUGUAGCUGACCCUGUGUACCCUGCGGAAAUCUUUAGACGACGUUAUAGGAUGAGGCGUGAAGUGUUCCUUCGCAUAUUAGAUCAUGCGCAGAUGACAUGCUUUAGGCAGUCAAAAGAUUGUGUCGGGCGUCCAGGAUUCUCGCCUCAUCAGAAAUUGACAUGUGCACUCCGAAUGCUAGCUAAUAAAUGCUCGGCUGAUUCCUUAGAUGAAUCCUUCCGUAUGCCUGAGUCAACAGCCAUCAAGAAUUUGGUCAUACCAUUGUCACUAUCUAUUAAGAACACUACCUCUGAGCUCCUACAAUUGAAGAUCUGGAUAGGCUUCUACAAAGAGCCAGGUCAGACACCGCAACUUAGCUAUCAUGUCAACGGAACUCCUUACGAGUUUGGGUACUACCUUGCUGAUGGCAUCUACCCAAAGUGGGCGACACUUAUUCAAUCAAUCAAACAUCUUGAGAAUGAAGUAGAAGAGUACUUUUCCACUAAGCAAGAGGCAUACAGGAAGGAUGCUGAAAGGGUAUUUGGGAUUCUACAAGCACGAUUUGCAAUUAUUAGGCAACCUUCAAGAGGUUGGGGCCGAGAUUUAUUAUCGACAAUCAUGUUAGCUGCAUAA